AUGCUCAGAUAUUCCUCAUUCAAAAAUAUUAGCAGAGUGGGUGUGACUAAAAGGUUGGUAUCGACCAUCAGCAGGUUUCCUGAGGAGCAACUAUUUUCUCUGAAGGGACAUUCCUUUGAUUUCGAUGUCUAUAAACCAAGCCAUUCUUUCCUACCAAAGUCUUUGAAUAAUCCAGAUGAGCCAGUGAUUUUCAUCCAUGAUUUUUUAUCCAACAAACUGGCAAAUAAAGUUGAAGUAAAUGACAUUCUGAAGACUUUGGAGACCAAUGUGUAUACUGCCAACUUGAGAAAUCAUUUCAGUAGAAUGAAGCAAAUUGAAUUCGCAAAACCUUUUGACAUCAACACAUUGUUGGAUGACUUAGUGGAAUUUUACAAAGAGUUGGGGUUCGAAAAGGUCAUGUUGAUUGGUGAAGGUUUGGGGGGAAAGAUCGCUAUGUUGGCAAGCUUGUUGAGAUCCAAAGACAUGAAUAUUGAAAAAUUGGUGGUUAUCGAAAGUUUGCCACAAGAUUUGACGGCUACUGCAUCAGCAGAAUUAGAAUCUUGGGUGAAGGGAUUAGCAUUUCUCUUGAAUGAUUCCAAAAUUACGAAGUUUGACAGAGAAUAUUUGGAAAAAUGUUAUGAAAUUUUGUCCACCAAAUAUGGGAUCAAGGAUAAUAGGACUUUGGGCUAUCUUUUAAGUAACAUCACCAAUCAAAGAGUCAACUCAAAAGAAUUGAAUAAAUACCAGUAUUUGGAAUCAAGAGUGCCGGUGAAUCAUAUUAUUGAGAGCUCCUUUUUAGAAGAUUAUGAAAAAUGGCCUAUGUCCGAGAUUAAGGAAUCUAAGUUUGAUAAGCCAACACUUUUCUUGAUGGGCAGAAACUCCACUUACUAUCCUAAAGCCUUGAAUGAAACAUUAAAAAUGAACUCCAACAUCUCCAAGUAUUUCCCAAAAAGCACUUUGAAAACAUUUACUUCGGACCAUUGGUUACUCCACACUCAAAGCGCGCAUGCCACAAAUGCAAUUUGCCAAUUUUUACUCUACGAACACAACCCAAUGUAUGAUAAACUUAGAAACUUUGAAGAGCAGGAGUAG